AUGGCAGAUCACGUCACGGAAAUCCAGGCCCAGGUCCUGGAGCUGGGCAAGAAGACGGCCAGUCUCGGCUCGUCCGUCUUCGACAACUACCAGACCUCCCUGACAACCCGCUACUGCAGCCGUGAGAUGUCUCAGCUGUUCAGUCAGCGCUCCCGCCACUCGACGUGGAGACAGCUCUGGCUCUAUCUCGCCGAGAGUGAGAAGGAGCUCGGCAUCGACACCAUCACCGACGAGGCCCUCGAUCAGAUGCGCUCUCACCUGACCCUGACCGACAACGACUUCGAGGUUGCCCGCGUCGAGGAGAAGAGGCGACGGCAUGAUGUCAUGGCCCACGUCCAUGCUUUCGGCGAGGUGGCCCCUGCUGCCGCCGGUAUCAUUCACUACGGCGCCACGAGCUGCUAUGUCACUGAUAACGCUGAGCUAAUACUCAUGCGGAACGCCCUGGACCUGCUGCUCCCAAAAUUGGCCAAAGUAAUAUCGAACCUGGCCAAGUUCGCCCUUGAAUGGAAGGCGACGCCUACUUUGGGCUACACCCACCUCCAGCCUGCCCAACUUCCUGGAAGUAGGGACUCGGCAAGGAGCUCUCUCAUUCGAGGACAGAUUACCAUCGGGAAACGGGCAGCCCAAUGGGCCCAGGACUUGCAGUUCGACUUGGAGAACAUUCAGCACGUCCGAGACGGACUGAAAUUUCGAGGCGCCCAGGGCACGACUGGCACCCAAGCCUCGUUCAUGGAGAUCUUCAAGAACGAUUCCUCCAAGUGUGACAAGCUCAACGAACUUCUCUGCAAGAAGGCUGGCUUCCCAGCUUGCUAUCCAGUAUCUACGCAGACAUACAGCAGGAAGGUCGAUUUACUCAUCGGCAAUGCCGUUGCGGGCCUGGGCCCUACGGCUCAAAAGAUAUGUGGCGACCUUCGCCAUCUGGCGUCUUGGAAAGAGAUCGAGGAACCAUUCGAGCGGACGCUUGAUGACAGCGCGAUACGUCGUAUUGAUAUCCCGGAGUCAUUCCUGCUUGCAGAUGCCAUCCUCCUCAGUCUCGACUCGGUCACCAGCGGAUUGGUAGUGUACCAGCCGGUGGCGCACGCACGAGUCAUGGCCGAACUCCCAUUCAUGGUGACAGAAAACAUCAUCAUGCGUAUGGUUAGCAAGGGAAAAUCCCGGCAGGAAGCUCACGAGCACAUUCGUGUUCUAGCUCACGAAGCUGGACAUGUCGUGAAGACGGAGGGCAAGCCGAACGACCUGAUUGCAAGAAUCCGGAAUACGGAGUUCUUUGCACCGGUCCACGACGAACUCGACGGCAUGAUGAACCCGGAAAUGUACAUCGGCCGCAGCGCCGAGAUUGUGGAGCGGUAUUGCGGUCCAGGCGGUGAGCUUCAAGAGCUGAUCAAGCCGUACAAGGCUCACAUCGAAGGGGCCGCCGUCGUCGAGCUCAACGUCUAG